CUAAACCCACAUCAGGAAAAUCAGUCUGUAUAUGCAGUAAAGAAUGCGUGUUAUACUCACUGUGGAACCUAAAGGGUUAACCCUCUGCAUUGUGUAAACAUGUGGUUUGAUCCUGACUUCUCUGAUCCUCCCCUUCUUCCAGUGUGUCCCUCUGAUCUCCUGAUAAGACAUAUCAGGUGGAGACACUGCAUAUGCUCAAUUUGGUGUGUAUUGCUACAGAAGGUUUUUUUUUUUUUUUUUUCUCGGGAGAGUGCAUGUGAUCAGCACAGGGCCAAUCAGUACUGUCCAGACAGAGGUCAUAGCUCCUCUAGAGAAAACCCCUCCUAUUUUACGUUGUAGCCCUGACCAUACCAUGAUAAAUAAUAAGAAAAUAUUUAUAGUUCAUUAGGUAUUAAACUAUGGCAUCCUGUUG